AUGGGAAACUUACUACUUUUCGUUGUUCCUCUGGCUCUAGCUAUAGCCGCUGUUCAAUUUAUUCAAAAGUAUGAUUUAAGUCAACUACCACCUGGACCUCCAGGUCGUGAUCAUGCGAAUCUCUUAGACAAUGAUCGCUGGAACAUGUUCAAAUCAUGGAACGAACAAUAUGGUCCGGCGUUCUUUCUUUUCUUGACUUGA